UGAAGGAGAGAUGGAGUGCCGGGAAUGUCCGAAAGGAUAUGCCUGCCCGGAUGGACAAGACAGACGGCAUUGUCCAGGUGGCCAGGAGCCCAAUCCCAGCCACACAUUGUGCAUCACCUGUCUUCCCGGCUCUUUCUCCACCGAGGGGACUCCAGAGUGCCAGCCUUGUCCAACAGGGCAUUACUGUCCUCACGUUGGCACUGUUCAGCCACUCCCGUGCCUGCCUGGUUCCUGUGCCCAUGCUCCUGGACAGACUGAAUGCCAGAGGUGCACUGGAAGUCUUUGCUGUCCAGAUGGGGCCGGAAUCAAACUCUGUCUGAAGUGUCCUGCUGGCUAUUUCUGCCCCGAUGGAGCGAGCUACCCAAGCCCAUGCCCUCCAGGGACCUACAAUCCUCUCCAGGGUCAAGAUGAGCUUGCAGACUGCAGUGUUUGUCCUGCAGGAAGAGCUUGCACCCAAGGAGGCCUGGCCAAACCGGACUCUGAGUGCAUGCCAGGAUAUGUUUGCCCAGCUGGCUCCACCAGUCCUCAUGCCCCCACCAAUGCUUGCCCGUCAGGGACAUUCAGCAACCACUCUGACCUCUUUGAUAAAUCCCAGUGCGAAACCUGUCCAGAGCGAUUUGUCUGCAUAAGAGGCUCAGGAGGGAAGCAGAAACCACCAGCCCCCUGCCCAGCUGGUCACUAUUGCCCUCCAGGAACCAAGCACCCCAUGGAGCACAAGUGUGCCCCAGGCACCUGGAGCAACAGAACAGGCCUAGCAGCAGAAGAGGAGUGUAUGCUGUGUCCCGCAGGCUGGUUCUGCAUGGCGGGUGCUCAGACCCCGUCUGGAAGCUGCAGUGCUGGCUAUUUCUGCCCAGAGGGCACACAGACAAGCACGCAGUUCCCCUGCCCAGCAGGCACCUAUAGUACCAGGCUUGGAAAUGCUAAAAAGGAAGAUUGCAUCUCCUGCCCCAAAGGAUCGUACUGCUCAGAAGGAACUGCCAAGCCAGUUUUCUGCCCACCGGGAACUUACCGCACAGAGCAAGGGGCAGCAUCAGCCAAAGAAUGCCUACCCUGUCCUGGAGGGUAUCACUGUCCUGAACUGGGCACUGUUGCUCCUAGCGAGUGUGGUGCUGGCAAAUUUUCGCAUUCGCACGCUAGGCCAUGCCCUAAUGGGACUUUUGGAAGUCAAAGAGGGCUGGGCACAGCCGACCAAUGCUUGCUCUGCCCCAUGGGCAAAUUCUGCUACAGAGAAGGGCGAGAACCCCAGGGACUAUCCCAGCCAAGUGGGAAUUGCCCCCCUGGAUAUGCCUGCCCCCCAGGGACUGGGUUUCCUUAUUCUUUUCCCUGCCUGCCUGGCUCUUACUGGGACAAUUCCACGCACGGUGGUGGAGAUCUGUGCAAGCCGUGUCCAGCUGGUUUCUACUGUGACACUGUGGCUACGACCCAACCCAAAAUGUGCCCAUUGGGGUCUUACUGUGCCAGCGGCAGCUCUCAGCCAGAAUCUUGUCCAGAGGGCACCUAUGGCAACAGGAAGGGCUUGACAGGCCUACAAGACUGUAGUCCGUGCCGAGCAGGGUUUUACUGUGCUGCUCCUGGGCAGACGUCCCCAAGCGGUCGGUGUGAGGCUGGGUUCUACUGCCAGGGAAGAGCAGUGACGCCACUCCCCACAGAUGGAGUCACAGGAGAUAUUUGCCCACCUGGGGCAUACUGCCCCCUUGGGUCAUCAGUGCCCAUCCCCUGCCCUCCAGGGACCUACAGCAACACCAGUGGAUUGAAACAUCGCAAUCAGUGUCUGGACUGCCCACCUGGGCUGUACUGUGAAGGGACAGAUCCACAGGCUCCCACUGGACCUUGCAAAUCUGGCUACUUUUGCCCUGGUGCUGCCAAAACAGCCACCCAGAUGAUGGCCAAGGAAGGGCAUUACACCCUGGAAGGAGCCUUCCAACCAGAGCCUUGCCCUCCAGGGACUUUCCAGCCAGGUUUAGCUCAGUCUGUGUGCAGGGAAUGCCCAGCAGGGAGGUUCUGCAACCAGACCAGCUUGGUAGAACCCUUGACUUGCCCCAAAGGACAUUACUGCCCAGCUCGGAGCACUCUGCCUCUUCUUUGCCCAGUGGGCACUUACUCAGACAUUUCCGGUGGCACAGGAAGGGGCAAUUGCAAGCCAUGCCCAGCAGGCAUGUACUGUAGCAAAGCUGGUCUGGCUGUUCCUGAAGGACCCUGCCAGCCAGGGUAUUAUUGUCUCCAAGGAUCCAACAGUGUCUCCCCAGCUGGACUCCCAUUUGGUGGCCCUUGUCCUGCGGGACACUACUGCCCCACUGGCACAAAGCAACCCAGGGAGAUGCCCUGCCCCGUUGGGACAUGGAAUGAGCAGAAGGGAGCUCAGGACGUCAGCUGGUGCCUACCUUGCCCACCUGGAUUCUUCUGCAAUAGUCCUGGCCGUGUUUCCCCAACAGGUCCAUGUGCUCCAGGCUUUUACUGCAGGGGCAGGACCCGAACUGCAAGGCCAGUGGAUAAGGUAACCGGAGACCUGUGUCCCGAAGGCCACUUCUGCCCUGCUGGCUCAGCAGUGCCGUCCCUCUGCCAGGAUGGGGAGUACAAUGCAAUAACAGGUCAAGAAGAAUGCUUCCCAUGCCCAGCUGGCCUCUAUUGCCAGAAUGGCGUACGGUACCACUGCCCACCUGGCUUUUACUGCCCACCAAAGACAGGAGUCUCUCUUUAUCCUUGCCCACCUGGGACUUACAACCCAUCUCCUGGUAUGGACCAGGUUGGGAGAUGCCAGCAAUGCCCUGUAGGGAUGUUCUGUGGUGAAUGGGGAUUAUCAUCUCCCAGCGGCACCUGUUUGCCAGGGUACUUCUGUAAUUCAGGAUCCAGUGUCCCAAACCCUGAUGGGACUGCCAACACAAGCGUUGGAGGUCCUUGUCCACCUGGGCAUUUUUGUCCAUCUGGCACCAGGACUCCUCUUCCAUGCCCAGCAGGGACCUUCUCUGAGAGAUUGUAUCUCUCUCUUGAGACCAGCUGCAUUUCAUGCCCACCUGGCCACUACUGCCUCUCAGCUGGGCUCACGGCCCCCUCUGGACUCUGCUCUGCUGGCUUCUAUUGCCUGCCUGGAGCCUCCUCACCUUCCCCCACAGGGAUUCCAGAACAAGGAGGUCCCUGCCCUAUGGGACGCUUCUGUCCCCAGGGGACCAGCCACCCUCUUCCCUGCCUUGCAGGGACCUACAACAACCUCACUAAGCAAGCAACGUGCUUCCCAUGUCCCGCUGGUUACUUCUGCCCUGCAAACAUCACCAACUACAGUGGGUUUCCGUGCCCACCUGGCUUCUACUGUCCUGAAGGGACCAGAUUUGCCACAGAAUUUCCCUGCCCUCGUGGUUAUUAUAAUCCUGAUCCGAUGACCCAGAGCCUGGACAGCUGUCUCCCCUGCCCCCCUGGGCACUACUGCAGGAAGGAGAAUUUAACGACUGUUUCGGGGAAGUGCGAUGCAGGCUGGUUCUGCAUCUCCGCUGCAUGGACCCCUCAGCCCUUUGAUCUAGAUAACUACACCAAUGGUAACUGCCUCUGUCCAGCUACGGCUACAGGGGCGAAAUGUUCUCCAGGGUCAUACUGCCCAAAAGGUAGCCCAGAGCCUGUUUUGUGUCCUCCAGGUUUUUACUGCAAUGCACCAGGUCUGCCUGCCCCCAGUGGGGAAUGUGCAGCUGGAUUUUAUUGUAUAGGUGGAGCAUCUUCUCCAAAACCAGCUGAUGGUGUAACAGGGAACAUCUGCCCACAAGGGGCCUACUGCCCUGUGGGGUCUUCAGGACCAACCCUCUGCCCAUCCGGCACUUUCUCCAACCUCCUAGGACGAAGUACGGUUUCAGACUGCCAGCUCUGUCCCUCUGGGUUUUACUGUGAAGGAUCUGGACUAACAACCCCCAGUGGAGAGUGCUGGGAAGGCUUUUACUGUGACAACCGCCAGGGACCUAUCAGUGACUUCACCCUCUACCCCUGCCCCCAGGGUUACUAUUGCCCGCCAGGUACACAGUGGUCCAGCCAAUACAGCUGCCCCUUGGGGACAUUUGGACCUGAGCAGAGGCUAAAGAGUACUCAGGAAUGUAGAAGCUGCCCACCAGGAAAAUUUUGUUCAUCCCCUGGGCUCACAGCCCCAUCAGGAGAUUGUGCUGCAGGAUUUUGGUGCAAAGGAGGUGCUCAGAUUCCAAACCCAAUGGAUGGUGUGUCAGGAGUAUCCUGCCCUCCUGGCUACUACUGUCUCUCAGGAACCCUUGCUCCAUCUGCCUGCCCACUGGGGACCUGGUCUGGUGAUGAAGGAAAUAAAAACCUCCAGAGCUGUCGGUCAUGUUCUGGGGGGCAUUACUGCAAUAGCACUGGCCUUGUAGCCCCAUCUGGACGUUGCGCUGCAGGGUUUUACUGCAUCUCAGGGUCUAUCACACCAACACCCACUGAUGGAAUCUUGGGUGCUCCUUGCCCUGUGGGGCACUUCUGUCCCUUGGGCAGUGAAAGCCCCACUCCCUGUUCUCCUGGCUCCUACAUGAAUGAAACCCAUGGACAAGAAUGGUGCCGUACUUGUCCCGAGAGGAAGUAUUGUAUCCCUGGUCACCUGCCACAAUUUUGUCCCAAAGGCUUUUAUUGCCCUGAAGGAACAGGCUUCAACUGGCAGCCUUGCCCUCCAGGGACCUACAGUCCUAAUCAAGGGAUAGGUAGCCAUACUGACUGCAGAUCUUGCGAUGGAGGGAAGUUCUGUCUGUACCACAACGCAACUGAUGUGACGGGACAGUGUUGGGAAGGGUAUUACUGCACCCGGGGAUCAGACCGGCCGAAUCCUGACACAAAGCUCAAUGGUCAGGCUGGUCCAUGUCCUUCUGGCCACUACUGUCCCAAGGGCACAGCUGUUCCCAAGGAGUGCCCAUUGGGAACUUUUGCUGCUAGAACCAAGCUAAGCUCUGAGACUGAGUGCUCCCCCUGUCUGCCGGGUCAUUACUGCAACACUUCUGGGUCGACAGCCCCAGCAGGACCAUGCGAAGAAGGAUUCUACUGCACAGCAGGCUCAUGGCUUCCCAACAUGCCAAUUAUGGACCCAAGUGGAGGCCCUUGCCCCAAAGGUUAUUUUUGCCCGACAGGCACAGCUAUUCCACUGCCUUGCCCAGCAGGGUCAUAUAAUCCUUUACAAAGACAAGCCAGCUGCCUGCCCUGCCCGAGUGGGUACUUCUGCCCCCCAAAUUCCUCCUCCUUGGUUGGGAAUGAAUGCCCAGCAGGACACUUCUGCCCUCCUAGCAGUAUCUCAGCAACACAGUUCCCAUGUCCCCAAGGGACUUACAGCACCAAGAGGGGAAGCAGCAAUGCCUCUCUCUGCAUUCCAUGUGAUCCAGGCCAUUACUGUGCCCUGCCAGGGCAGCCUCGUGUCACGGGCCCAUGCUCAGCAGGAUACUACUGCACCUCAGGGGCUUCCACC